GUGUUUGUAGCUUUUUGAAGCUUUAUGCUUGUUUUUAGUGCCACUUCACUGUCACCCCAUCAGACCUUCCAAAUUCACGUCAAAUUGGAAAUUUACACCCGGCGGCCUAUCGACUGGUUGUCUGCCAUCGCUUGGGUCGUCGAUCUGAGAACAUAAUUUGAACGGAAUUUCACAUUAUUUCCACUCCACUUGAUAGAAAUGGACAACUCCGACGUUAAAACAGCUGCUUUUGACUCACAGGGUUACAGUCCAACAUGCAAAAGGAAACGGACAGUGGAAGAUUUCAACAAGUUUUGCACGUUUGUCCUGGCCUAUGCGGGUUAUAUUCCAUAUCCACAGGAGGAGGCGCCGCUCAGGAGCAGCUCGAGUCCCCCCAACAGCACGGGCAGCACGGCAGAUAGCGACGGCCUUCCCUCUCCCGAUCAGCCUCCGCACAAAAGCCGCAAGAGCUUCAGUGGCUUCAAGAGGCCCGCGAACGACGAGCCAAGGCUCCACAAGCAGCCCAAAUCGACGGACUUCCUCCUGGAGGGAUGCAAGAAGACUGACAAAAUGAAGAAGAAGAAAAAGAAGCUGACGGAGAACGUCAAGUCCGACGAGUCCGGCAUGUUCCCGCCAUUUCCCCCCGGCACCAGAGUGGAGCUUUCUGCUUUUGGUCGCACCGUCAAGGAGGAGCCGGAGGAUUACAUCAGCAUCUCGACGCCGCCUUCAUACACCGAGCACUGCGCUCACCCCAGCAGCAGCUCUCCGCACCGUCCCAGCUCUCACGGCACUGUAGGCUGCAAAAAGGAACCGGAGGCCGAGCGGGCGUGCUGGGAUUCCCCGGCCAGCUUGGGAAUGGAGUCCAGAGCCGAGAGCAGAGAGAAACUGGCGCUGCCUGACGGAGAAGCCGUGGUCAUGAAGAUGGAGGGAUGUCCCGGCACUAGAACGGUGAUACGGCAGGGAAAGCAGGUGGUGUUCCGCGAUGAAGACGGAUCUGCCGACGACGAGGACAUCAUGGUCGACUCAGAUGAUGACUCGUGGGACCUGGUGACAUGUUUCUGUAUGAAGCCCUUCGCCGGAAGGGCGAUGAUUGAAUGCAACCAGUGCAACACCUGGAUCCACCUGUCCUGCGCCAAAAUCCGCAAGUCCAACGUCCCGGAGACGUACACCUGCCAACAGUGCAAAGACUCCAAAUUUGACAUUCGGCGCUCGAACCGCUCGCGCAUGGGCUCUCGAAAGCACCUUCUGGACUGACGUCGCUCGUGCCCCUCCCCCGAGUACGAACUCUGAUCGAGACCGGAGAUGAGUACAGAAGAGGAAGGGCUCGGACUGUGUUAUUAACUUUGCCCCCCACCAGUUUUAUAUAUCGUCCACCUUCCUAACUGUUUUUUGUUUGUUUGUUUGUUUGCGUAAGGCAAUCAUAACCUUAGUCGAUGCAUUAAAGAGGAAAGAUUCUACAGAGGUUUCAAAACGGAUGUCAUGUUCUCGAAGGCUUUUAUGAGACGCUUUCGACAGGAACGAGGACGAUGGAUUGCACUUGUUUAUGUGGGGUUUUUUUUUUAAGUCUUGAUUAAUUUUUCAAAAAGGGAGCGUUUGUACCCAAAGCUUUGAAAAGUGCGUGCGUAUUCGUUCAGAGUGUUGUGUUCGACUUAUUUCGUUGUGGAACUUUCUGGAAUCCCAAAAUGUCUAUAGAGUUAUAGUGAAAAUAAUAAUAAUAAUAAUAAUAAUAAUAAUAAUAGCGGUGCAGAAUCUGUCCUUGAGUGAAUAAUCGAAGAGAAAUUCCUGGUUUUUGUAUUUGUUUUUUGUUGUUUUUUUUUUUUUUUUUUGUCCUCAGCAAAGCGCUGAUCUUCAGGUUUAUUAAGUGUCAAAAAAGCUACACAAGUGUGCGUAUUGUCCCAAUCUGGGACGUCCUGUUUAAACACCCUCAGUGAUUUUUGUUCUUGACUUUAUUAACAGAAAGCUCAGUGCUAACUUUUUUGAAUUUUUUUUUCACAGACACACUGUGUUGUGUUCUGUUUUAUUUUAUUUUUUAUCGUGAACCUUUUACACAAGUGAUAUUUGAGACUUUUUGUCGUGGCUCCUACAUUUAUUGCCCAGAAGCAAAAACAAAAGGACUUUAUAUUUUAUUCGCGUGUUCUCUGACGAUGGACUUGGAACCCACGUCAACUUGCAAAGAUUUCUUAACUUAAUCGUUUCCACUCACGUUAUUUUCAGUUUAUAUUUUCCUAGAUUCUAGCUAGCUGGGAUUUUUGUUUUUUUUCUUUGACUUGAUUUGGAAACUCGUAAUCACGUCACUUUUGAGCUACAAAGCAGGAGGAAACUGCCACCAUCCCCUCCCCCCCCACGCCACAGACGCAUCCAUGAAAGCUAGCUUUCCAAGUAGGAAUUUCUUUCCGAGUAGGAAUUUCCGUAUUGAUCCGUAUCGCAUUUUCUUUUUCGUUUUUUUUCCAAGUCGGAGUUGGGAUGCUACUAGCUUUAGUCGAAUGCACAUCACUGCACAUUUUGCUCGCCGUUUCUCAUGUCAGUUCAACUAUUCAAAAUACCGUAGCGAGACAUUUUUAUUGCACUAUUCCAUGCUUGCUAUGGCAUUUUUACGAAUAUUUAUUUUCCCCUGUGUGUCCUUUUUAAAAUAACGAUUUUUUUUUGUCUCCUCCUCGUUAAAUACCACACAUGACGACAGUUUGCCACGGUAUGGUGCUCAGUGUCUUCACUUUAUAACUUUAUCCCGUUUUGGAUCUCAACACUGCCUUCACGUGCUCGUAGAACUGUCAUAUUUAUUUCCCUUGCUCACUCACUCACUUCCAAAGUCUUUCCGAAUAUUUUUCUGUUGUGUGUGGGGGAAAAACAAGGAACAAGAUGACGGUUAAAGACACAAGUCCAAUCAGCGAUGACUGAAAAGUAUUUAUGAUCAAUGAGGAGCACGAAUGCGUCCUCAUGACGACGUUCGUGUGUCACUGGAACUUCUUAAGCCAGCCCACACGCCCCAUCCCUUUUGUUUUUAUGAUUCAGAAGGACUGAUUCGAGAACUGUCGUGUUACGGUACUUUUUAACCGCACACGAAGGCAGCGCAGAGCUCCUUCACUGUUCUACAAGACUGUAGAAUUAACCACUUUUAUAUAUUCUUCCUUCCUCAGCCUGUCUGUCUUCAGUACGUGUACGAACAUUUCCCUCAGCGGUGCUCCCCGUAACGUCCCGGCGGAAACGUCUCCAGAGAUAUCCUUGAUUUCAGACGUUCCAGUGAUUUAUUUAUUCAGAUUGUUUAGUUCUCUCAGGCCCUCGUUUCCUGUAACUCGGGAUGAAAGAAUCGCGCGAACCCUCCGUUAGCGUUCACUUUUUUAUACACUUUCAGUUGAUAAAGAUUUUGUCCCAACGUGGCAUUUUCCUUUUCUUCUUCCCUUUCAUUCGUUUUGUACGAUCAGUGCAUUCUGUUUGUGUAUAUAUAAUGUCACCGAUAGUUCACGGCUGUCCUCGGAAGGGAUCGAGGGAUCUCACCGUGGUAGGCUUGGAGCGCUGGGGCGGGGAGAGAGAGAGAGAGAGAGAGCGCGAGCGAGCGACGGAGGAAGAGAAUGAAGGUUUCUGUGAAACUGAUGUAAAUAAAGAUCUUAUGAGAAUUUAA